AUGGCAGACGCGCCGAAUACCCAGGACGAGCUUUACCCCAUCGCCGUCCUCAUCGACGAGCUAAAGCACGACGAUGUCCUCCUGCGCCUCAAUGCCAUCCACCGCCUUUCUACUAUCGCCCUCGCCCUGGGCGCCGAGCGCACGCGCGAGGAGCUGAUCCCCUUCCUCGACGAAUCUGUCGAGGACGAGGAUGAGGUCUUGGUCGCUCUCAGCGGCGAGCUUGGCAACUUCAUCGAAUAUGUCGGAGGCCCUCAAUGGGGCCACGUCCUCCUAUCUCCCCUCGAGAACCUCGCUGCCAUCGAGGAGCCCGUCGUGCGGGACAAGGCCGUCGAGUCCCUCAACAAGAUCUGCGAGGAGCUGUCCUCCCAACAAGUCGAAGAAUACUUCAUUCCCUUGACGGUCCGUUUGUCAAAAGCAGACUGGUUCACCUCCAAGGUCUCUGGCUGCGGCCUUUACACAACCCCCUACAAGAAGGUUUCUCCCGGCGUUCAAGAAGAGCUUCGGAAGCAGUUUGGCCAGCUCGUCCACGAUGAGACACCCAUGGUCAGACGUCAGGCUGCCACCAACCUGUCAAAGUUCGUCAAGGAGAUGCCGGCCGCCGUCGUUGUUGAGGAGAUGAUACCCCUUUUCCAGCACCUCGCCCAAGACGACCAGGACUCCGUCCGCCUACUCACCGUCGAAAUCCUCAUUUCCAUCGCCGAAGUCGUUCCCAAGGAGCAGCAGUCUAGCCACGGCGUCCUCCUUACUUCUCUGCGCAACCUGAUUGAGGACAAGAGCUGGAGGGUUCGAUACAUGAUUGCGGACAGAUUUGAGAAGAUUUCCAAAGCUGUCGAUGAGGAGGUCGUGUCGAGAGAUCUGGUUCCGUCCUUUGUCAAGCUGCUGAAGGACAACGAGGCCGAGGUCCGCACUGCGAUCGCUGGCCAAAUACCCGGCUUCUGCGCUCUGGUCGACAGGACUGUGCUUCUUAACGAUAUCAUGGGCAGUGUCGAGGAUCUCGUUUCCGAUACCUCUCAGCACGUCAGAGCUGCUCUUGGAACGCAGAUUAGUGGUCUUGCACCCAUCCUGGGCAAGCAAGAGACUAUCGACCACCUUUUGCCCAUGUUCUUGCAGAUGCUGAAGGAUGAGUUCCCCGAAGUCCGUCUUCACAUCAUCUCAAAGCUUGAGCUUGUCAAUCAGGUUAUUGGCAUUGACCUGCUCUCGCAAUCUCUCCUUCCCGCGAUUACCCAGCUUGCGGAGGACAAGCAAUGGCGCGUGAGGCUUGCGAUUAUCGAGUACAUUCCUUUGCUCGCGAGCCAGCUCGGCGUCAAGUUCUUCGACGAGAAGCUGGGCAACCUGUGCAUGAGCUGGUUGGGUGACACGGUCUUUUCUAUUCGCGAGGCUGCGACGCACAACUUGAAGAAGCUGACUGAGGUUUUCGGGGUUGAAUGGGCAAGUGAGGCAAUCAUUCCCAAGGUUAUGGCUAUGGGCAACCACCCCAACUACCUCUACCGCAUGACAACCUGCUUCGCCAUCACGACUCUCGCCUCGGUCGUCAGCAUGGACGUCAUCGCCGACAAGAUUCUCCCGAUGCUCGACAAGCUGGUUGACGACGAGAUUCCCAACAUUCGCUUCAAUGUUGCCAAGACAUACGGCGUUCUCAUCGACGUCCUUCGCCGUUUGCCGGAAGAGGGUACCAUCUACUCGCUGGAGAAGGAGGGUGCCAACUUCAGCCCGUCCCCUAGAGGUAUGGAGCUGAUCCAGUCGCGCGUCGUCCCCAAGCUCGAGAAGCUGCAAAAGGACGACGACGUCGACGUGCGGUACUUUGCGACAACGUCCGCGAACAGCGUGACUGGACCUACUGCUGGCGAACCUAUGAAUACAUCACCAUAG